AUGGCAUUUAUGAAACCUCUCGGUUUUAGCGACACAACGAUUGUCUUUUGGCGUCUAGCAGAGCUUUCGAUACUGACGAGAGGAAUUUUUAGAUGCGUUCGAGCAAAAGGUAGCUUAGCAACAGGGGAUGAUCGAGCCAUAACACUGUCUUCAACAUUGUGCUUUGCAUAUCAAAAUCUGGAUAAUAGCGGAAUCAUCGUUGCCUUUGAUAAGCCUCCGAAAAACUGUAUGUCUCCGCAUUGCUUUUAG